CAUGGUAAAUUAGCUAGUAUAAAUUAGGUAACAUAUAAUUAACUGAAGAUGAAAAAUGUCCAGAGAGAGAGCGCGAGAGAGAAAGGGAAAGCACUAUAAGGCCCUUUGUAUUCCCCGUAUCCGCCCUCCAAUAAAAAAUGGUCCGUGUCAUGCACCGGAGUCCCCGUGGCCCAACUCUUUCUCACCAGUCACCACCAUCCACCAGUCAUUUAUAAAUUUUACUAAUGGUUGCCUUGCCCCUCUUCAAACCAUACUCAACCUCCCCGUCUCCGAAUUCAACAGAACAGCUCAAAGCCCCCCCAUCCCCUUCUAAAUGCUCAAACCCACCAUAUUUUGACAUUUUUACUCCGCCGUUUGGAAGGCUGACUGAACACUUCCAACAAUUCAGUUUCUCCGUAUCACAUUUUGGUAUCCUACGUGAAAAAGGAGAAGCAGAUAGGAGAAAUUUACAAAAGGAUAUCUCUUUCGACAACUUAGCAGAAUCCCAAGGCCCCAAAAGCUAAAAUUCGUUUGUUGGGCAAUCUCUGAGGUCACAAAAAGCAAAAAAAAGAAAAGAAAAAGAGGAACGACGGGGACGACGGCAACAACGUUCGUCUGAGUCUCGUCACGUGAACGAUGACUCUGAUUCAGAACGUAAGAUAUUAUCUGUCGGAACAUCCUUCAAUCGUUAAAUUCCGGUGGAGCAACACGGAGUUGUGGGGAUCCACCUGGUCCUUCCUCUUCACCUCCAUCGCCGCUUACGUGGUUUUCUCCGUCUUCCUCCACCUCCUCCUCAACAUCCUGAUUUUCCGCCGCAACCACCACCGACCCCUCCCUCUGGGGCCCCUCCCGGCCCUCCAUUCCCUCUCCAUGGCCCUCAUCUCCGCCACCAUCUUCUCCGGGAUCCUCCUCUCCACCGCCGCCGAGAUCCGCGACACCCGUUGGUUCUGGCGCCGCUCCAAAACCACCACUUUCCAGUGGCUGCUUUGCUUCCCUCUGGGCACGCGCCCCUCGGGCCGCGUCUUCUUCUGGUCCUACAUUUACUACCUCUCCCGCUUCCUCCACAGCCUCCGCACCUGUUUCACAAUCCUCCGGCGCAGAAAACUCUCCGUCUUCCAAAUAUUCAACCACUCCAUCCUAAUCUUCGCGUCAUUUUUGUGGCUGGAAUUCUCUCAAUCGUUCCAAGUCCUGGCCAUCCUGCUGACGACUUCCAUAUACGCCGUGGUCUACGGGUACAGAUUCUGGACCGCAAUUGGGCUGCCGAGCGCGUGUUUCCCCUUCGUGGUGAACUGUCAGAUGGUUUUGUUGGGGUGCAAUCUGGCGUGCCACAUCGGGGUGCUUCUGCUGCACCUAAUAAAGGGUGGCUGUAACGGAAUGAACGCGUGGACAUUCAAUUCGGUGCUGAACGGGGCAAUUCUUUUGCUGUCGUUGAAUUUCUACGUGAAAACGCAUCUGCGGACGAGAAGAAAAAAACAGGCCGUCGGCGUUGAAUGUGAGAAUCUGCAUUCCUCGAUGAAUGGGAAAGAGGCUGACAACAAUUUGGACGCAGUCAAAGAUAAAGAUCUUUGAGAGGUCUGUUUGUCUCUGUUCCGGGAAUCCCCUUGAUAUAUAUAUAUAUAUAUUUUAUAUAUCUAAAUUUGUGUACUUUUUUUUUUACCACGGUGCUGAAAAUUAUAAAGGGGGUUAAAAUUAAAUGAACGUCUACGGACCCCGCACUGCCCCCGUUCUGCUUCUGCAGCCUGCAGAGUUAUGUAUGUAUCUACAUAAGAAGAGAAUAAAAGAUGGGGCUGCAGAUUUUUCCUGCGGCUGUGGGCAAAAUGGACGCUGUAAAAAGUUUUUGUUGCCAUGAUGGUCUCUUUUUUUAAAGUACUACUCCACUAUAUAGAUUUAUUAACUCUGCUUCAUAAUCAUCAAUGAAAUGGAGUGAGAAUGGUCAAUGUUGACAUAUUAUUGUCACUACUAUUUUCUUA